GCUGUGAGCAAACGACACAAGACGCGCCGGCUGCAGAAGAAGAAGUUUCAUAACAAACCUCUGUGCGCUUUUCAAGGUAUUCACCCCCUGCAUAAAUGUUGCGCUUCAUCGCAACUUCUUUGUGUCUCCGGUGCCCGCGGGUCCCCGUCCUGCCUCUGCACGUCAGGACACGUGGCACAGCGAGUCCAGCCGAGAACCAGCAGACCGUGGACGCUUUCUAUGAGCUGGCAGUGGACAUCCAGAAGGUUAGAAAACUCAAAGGCUGGGUUCUGCAUCAGCACCCAGCGUAUGCUAAGGAGGUAGCGGGCCUCUUGAGGGACAUGGGCGCUUCGGGUCCCGUCAUCGCCAACGUUUUAGUGGUGCACCCUGAGGCGGUCCUUUGCAACCCAGAGGAGAUGGAAGCUCAACGAGAACUGUGGACGUCCGUGUGCCCGAACAAGAAGGAGCUCGUGGGUAUUAUUGAGAAGUUCCCUGCGUCGUUCUUUACGUCAGCCUGUCACCACGAGAACCAGCGGAACAAUAUUGCUUACUUUCACAGUUUGAACCUCAACAAACGCAUCAUUACUAAACUCAUGGCCAGUGCUCCACAGAGCUUCAGCCGCCCGGUGGAGCAAAACCAGGUGAUGGUGGACACGUUGCAGAGGUCCUACAUAGAACUGGGAGGAGAGAAAUACAAUAUGAAGAUCUGGUUACAGAAGCUGCUUAGUCAAAACCCAUUUGUUCUGUUAAAAUCAUCUGACGUUUUAAGACAGAAUUUACUUUUCCUCAAAAACAAAGGCUUCACCACCGCAGAGCUCCUCCACCUGCUCUCCAAACUCCGAGGCUUCGUCACUGAGCUCAACCCAGACAGCAUGAGCCAAACUCUGCUCUACUCCCAGGAAAUGAUGGGCUGCUCCGAGGAACAGCUCCGGGAAAUCGUCCUGAAAUGCCCUGCUCUUUUAUACUACCCUAAACACAUUUUGGCUGACCGCUUCGAAGGCCUGCUGAGAGCUGGGAUCAGUGUUUCCCAGAUCAUGGACACACCCACUGUCCUUGAACUGACCACACAGAUAGUCAACUACCGUCUACAGAAACUGAGGGCGCACGGUUACGACGCGAGGACGGGGUCUUUAGAGGUUCUCAAUGGGACUAAAAAGGACUUUGAACAGAGCUAUGGCAAACUUAAGCUACGUGUGCAGAGACCACUUUUUAACCCCGUCGCCCCUUUAAAAACAUUUGAUUGAAAAUACUGUUAUAUUGGACGCUAUUAUGUUUUUAAAUGAUUAUAUUAUUGUAAGUUAACUUCUGCGCACAAUGAGAUUAUGCAUUGAACUGAUCCCAUAGACUGUAUUUAUAAAUGGACAUAGCCGCGCAGAGAAAUGGGUAAAAUAUUUGCGUAUACACACUACCGAGAACGUGCAUAACGAUGUAUUUUGGGCUAAAUACUGAUGCACACAUCCCAAAAAAGACUAUUAUGUAAUCAACAUAUUAUUGGCAGCAUCAAAAAAGCCAUUACACACAAAUGGCAUAAGGAAAAAAAAACCUACGCUCAGCAACUGGAAGGAUAUUGUGGAAGAAAUUCGCGUUUAUGGAGAGACUUACACAUAUUCUGAGGUUACAAAAAGAAAAAUAUGAAGAACACUGGGAAAAAUGGAAAUUGGAUUUAAAUGACAGCUGACCGAUUGUUCAUUGUUCUAUUGUAAUGUCUUUUGAAAACAAUAAAAUGUAAGUUUAAAAAAAACUAAAAAUGUACAUAGCUAACCUGCUAGCCGCCACGUUCCAAACAGGAAGUGAUCACGGGUUCGCUUCCAGCUCCAUCGACUCCAAUUCAAAACUGUGUCUCCUCUCUCUAUACCUGCUGCUUCAGACUCGUCAUUUUGGUCUUAAAUGUUCGUAUUAACCCUCUACAUGAUCCUGGGGUUUUUAUUUCACUAUUGUGUCUGUAAAUCAAGAUAUGAACAUUAAUAACAGACAAAUCAGGUCCUUCUUUCCCCGAGGUCACUCCUGUUAGCGUUAGCAACAGGUUUGAUUGACCUAAACCAGCGGUGCGGGCGAGAAGGGGUGUUACCUUCAACAGCCUCGCUCCGGAUUGGCUCUUUGGUUGCUAUGACACUCGUGAUCAGAUAUCCAAGUACAGAACUCUGCUCUAAAUUUGCCACUAUAACUGCUAGCCUCGAUUAGCUUCAUUUGACUGGAGCCGAGUGCUGUCCACUUCUUUAUACAGUCUACGGUGGAUCUUAAAGUCGAACUGCCGUCCCUCGGUUGGACUCACGAGCUAAUUCAACGUGUGCACCACCUUAAUCUC